CAGAGCAAUCGAAGCGCGCCGGCUCCCCCCUGCUGCUGCCGCGGGGCCCCGAACAAUGAGGGAGUCAGAGCGCCUGCGCGCCAGCAGCGCCCGGCCACAUUUGCGCAAGAAGCGGAGGUCGGUCCGGCACGGGCGGCCGCGACGUCAUCAUAACGCAUCCCGCUGCGGGGAAGGACCCCUCCCGUUUCUCUGAGGACCCGGCUGGCGCGACUGCAUCACUGCCGGAUAGUAGCCGGGCUUUCGGCGUCGAGAGGCUCCUCCGGCGAAAGGGCGUGGGAGCCCCUGGGACCUUGAGCCUCGGGGGCCCUACCCCGCUUCCCUCCGGGUGGCGGCGCUGUGACGAGGCGGCCGACUGGCGCCACGAGAGCUGCCCGCUGCUGUCCGGAGAAAAGCCGAGGCCUGGGGCUACCCGGCCUCGGGAGGAGGGAACCGAGGCUGAAGGCGCGCGUGGGAGGCGGGGGCCCGGGGUGGAACGAGGGUCACAGGAUGUCAGAGAAAGAUGCCUCCCGGGAGGAGGCGGGUUAGACCCGGGGCGCCACUACCUGCCUCAAGACACGUGGGAGAGCUGGUGUCAAGAGAUCAAGGGUUCCAUGCCCGCACUUCAGGGAGUUAGAUGUGGGAGGCCAGAGGUCUCACGCAGGUCAGACGGCUCCACGGGGUAUCACAGGCCUGGGGAGUCGGAUCUUUUGAGAGGGUCGAAGCUUCCCUGAGGAGAGCUCCACCAGAGGGAUCCCAGGCGUUAUGGAGGACCCGCAUCUCGAAGGGGCCACGGAGCAGCAGGAUCCGUCCCAGGAGAGGAGUCCCCGCAGCCCAGGAGGCGACAUCUUCCUCCUGACAGACCCAAUGGAAUUGGCAUUGCUUUCAGAUAAGGGAACUGAGGCAAAGAGGUUAUCUGGGACAAUGAGCUCCAGUGUCAAGGUCCUCCGGCCAAAGACCACCAGGAACACACCUGCAUUUGAACAAGUUGGGUUUAUCGCUCAUUGCACUGAGGAAGCACACACACCCUGAAGCACUGUGGGGCAUCUCAGUGUUAGAAAGGACUUAUCUUAGGUGAUUUGGGAGAAGGUUCAAGGAAGGGUUUUGUUCCAAUUAAAUGCUGCCAGUAAGUAGGGGCAAAAGAUAGGUUGGCUGUGUAAAUAAAUCUUAUCCAGGAGGGGGGGUACAAAGGCUCAAGCUGUGAUUGAUAAAGCAGCAGCAGCCCCUCCUGUGAGCCAGGAUAGGGGGAUGUUUGGUCAUUUUUGUGGCUUGGACAAUGUUCAUGUUUUGUCUGUGUUCAGACGUUACUCUGGCAUGGUCUUGAUGUGAUUCAUCUCAGUCACAGCAUGGCUUUGUCUGACAAGGUUCUGUGAAACUGCUUCUGUUCAACAGGAGAACACCAAGGCCUAGCUGUGAGUGCCAGGCCAGCCCCUGUCAAGCUGCUUUUCUCUUUCUCAAUACGAGUAACCACAAACCACUGUGUAGCACUGUUCUAAGCACUUUAUAUGAAGUAAUAACCCAUUUACUCCCUCCAACAACCCCAUGAGGUAGUUGUAACUGUACUGAUCAGUCAACCAUACUGAUAUGGUUAUGACCCCAUUUUCCAGAUGAGGAAACCGUUGUACUUGCCUAGGAAGUGGCAGAUCUGGGAUUCAGUGCCAAGUAGUCUGGCUCCAGAGGCUGUGCUCUAAUCACAUGGCUCUGCUGGGAGAGCACACUCCCUGGGUUCCAUUCCUGACUCCACCAUUUCAUUUCCUAGCAAGUUGCCUAACCUUUCAGAGCCUCAGUCUGCUCAUCCAUAAAACGUCCUGUAAUAGUUUGCCUGUGCCACUGUCCAGCCCUGACGUACAGCUGGCAUAUAGCCACCUGGGGGCCCCGCAGUGCACCCGCUGCCUCAUCACCUUCGCCGAUUCCAAGUUCCAGGAGCGUCACAUGAAGCGGGAGCACCCAGCUGAUUUCGUGGCCCAGAAGCUGCAGGGGGCCCUCUUCAUCUGCUUCACCUGCGCCCGCUCCUUCCCCUCCUCCAAGGCCCUGCUCGCCCAUCAGCGCAGCCACGGUCCAGCAGCCAGGCCCUCCACGCCAGUUGCACCCACCGCUGCCCACCCUACAUUCCCCUGCCCUGACUGUGGCAAGACCUUUGGGCAGGCUGCUUCUCUGAGGCGGCACCGCCAGGCGCAUGAGACCCGUGUCCCUCCAGGCCCCUUUGCCUGCACUGAGUGUGGUCAGGACUUUGCCCAGGAAGCUGGGCUGCAUCAACACUACAUCCGGCAUGCCCGGGGGGAACUCUGAGUGAGGGUUACACCCUCCCUAGGGCAAUGGGUGUGUGUGUGGGGGGGAUGGGUUCUGUGGCUGCUAGAACCCACCUCUGAUAAGGGAUGGGCGCCUUGGAAGGAUGUGCUUCCCUCCCUGGACAGGCAAAGGACUCCUGAUAAAUAGGACCCAGAAGAUGCUCAUCUCCAGAUUCAGUCUUUGGAGGACACAAAGGCCUUCAGGGAUAUAGCGAAAUUAGUGAAAUCUUUUAAGAGAAAUGAACAAGCAAAAGGGAAAAUUGUUAUUUGUAUCUCCCUUGUUUCCAAUUAAAUAGUUUGAAAUCACAACUA